GAGACUUCCACUGCCACUACUGACAUAACAGAGUCACGUGGAGAUCCGCUCAAAGGCCCUGCUCAUCCACUGGACCCUGCCCUUGGCCUAACUGCUAUCGCCAUUUACGAUUAUCAAAAGAAUGACGAUGAUGAAAUAAGCUUCGAACCGGAUGACAUAAUUACGAAUAUUGAGCAGAUUGAUGCCGGCUGGUGGAGAGGAAUUUGUAAUGGGCAAUAUGGCCUAUUCCCUGCGAACUAUGUGGAAUUACGAUGA